AUGGGUCAAAAUACGAUCAACUUUUAUAGGCAGAACGAGGAAUAUGGCAUAUUCAGUAAUUUCUAUGGGGCACCAAUCGAGAUUGAUGGAGAGAUUUGGCCCACAUCAGAACAUUACUUCCAAGCUCAGAAAUUUCCGACACUUCCUGAACUUCAACAAAAGAUACGCAAUCUUUCCACACCAUCAGAAGCUGCCAAAGCCGGUCGACGACGAGAUUAUCCUCUCCGUGAAGAUUGGGAAUCGGUUAAAGAAGAUAUUAUGAUGAGAGCAUUAAUUUCAAAGUUUACACAGCACGAAGACUUAAGAAGGAAACUUUUGGAUACUGGAGAUGCCAAAAUAGUGGAACAUACGGCUAGAGAUCGGUACUGGGGAGAUGGAGGUGGAGAGGGGAAGGGAAGAAAUAGACUUGGCGUAUUACUAAUGAGGGUGAGAGAUGAAUUAAGGAGAGAAGAGAUCGAUGCAGCAGAGACCGUAAGCGAUGAAACUAAGAUCAAUGAGCAGCAAUAA